CUUUUUUCUCUUUUUCUUUUUCAUUCACAAUUGCAAAACUUUUUCUAUUAUAUUUUUAUCACAUUUACCAAAUUCUUUUUUUUGCAUAGCACAGCACAAAGAGUGUUUUAAACAACUACUAGUCAUGGGUUUAUUUUCGUUUUUCAAGAAGGCUCCAGAGGACAACUACGAGCAGAUUUUGUCUAGUUUGGAGCAGCAAAUCAGACAGACAGAGAGGCUAAAGUCCCGCGCGACCAAGCGCAUGGAGUGGUGGUCCAGCAACUGGGUGUUUUACAUGGGUAUCGGAUGGAUAGCUUACGCGGCCGGGUUUAUUCUAUACGUGUGGCCUGAGAGACAUGCAGAACAAUCAGAGGGCUUUUUAUUCCACCUGAUAUCCGUAGCUAUAAUCCCACUGGUCUUAUAUUAUGGUCGGAUAAUCAUCAGGGCAAUCGGGCAAAGAUCCGUGAAGAAGCAUGAGCGCUCAGCGGUGGAACUCAAAAAGCAACUGAAGGACCGGCUGGACGAACUGAAGAAGAAGACAGCAUUUGAUACGACAAAGACUCUUAUUGACAAGUACUCGAUGAAGGACAGACAGGAUGACAAGACAAUUAGUCCUUUGGAUAGGCAGAAGCAGAUGGAGGCGAAGAACCGCCGGCAGACUGUGCCGAACUUUGGAUCGCCUGCAUCGCAGGCUGAAAGCUCAGCACCGACGUCCCCGCUGGCUGGAAGGGGGGCGCAGAGGCCAAUGGGAUUUCCGCAGCCUCUCAUGGCCGCUGGCAUGGCCUCCCGUCCUAAUGGCUCAAUGCUGCCCUUUAAUGCUUCUGGCGUAGUGAAGAUGCCUGGGCGCAGCUCGUCGGCGCAGCCGAUGGAGUCCCCAGGCAGGGGUGGUUCGCGGCCGUGGCUCGACAAACUGGUCGACCAGCUGGUGGGCGAUGUCGGCGGCGCCGAUGACAGAUAUGCGCUGAUUUGCCGGCAUUGUUACGCGCACAACGGGCUGGUUCUGGAGGAAGAAAUCAACGACAUCCAGUACUCUUGUCCAAAGUGCGGGAAAUUCAAUCCCAGCCUGCGUGCUUUGCGGCUGCAGAGCCGGGUCGGGUCACAGCAGAUUCUUCGUGCUGCUCCUGCUGCUGCUGUGCACACGGCUAAUUACAGUGAUUACGAUGAUUAUACGGAUUACGGAAGCAGUGGGGCGGAGGAUAAUGCCAGGGACAGGGUGCAGGUGGAGGUGGAGGAUAAGUCUGUACAGGCGGAUGUCAGCGCUGAGUUUGGCACGCCUGCGUCGAGGAGGCAGAAGUUGAAGACGCCUCUGCCCGAGACGCUCAAGCUCAUCGAUGAAGACGAAUAUGAAGAAGGAGGCGAGGACAGCGGUGCUGUCAAGGAGGGUAUUAGGGAGGGUGCUGCUGGUGCUGAUGAUGCUAAUGAGGAAGCGCAUGUGGGGCAAAAAACACCGAGAGAGGCCAAGGCGCCAAAUACCACACGAAAGCAACCCAAAGAGACACACGCUGCGGCCGGCAGCGAUAUUGUCAAGGGCUCGUCCAGUCUGAUGGACGCAUCGGAGCUAACCGAUCUUCCGGAACCGUCAGCCUCCUCAGCCCAAGCAACGUACGAAACACCCACAAAGAAUGGAAAGGGCGGCAGCGCCAGACAAACGAUGCCCCACAAGCGCAAGAACAGCAAGCCUAAGCCUGUGGUCUGAAUCAAAAAAAUAAACUUUUUAGUAUGAAUUUUUUGUCUUUCAAUU